AAAAUUGUCUCAACGAAUGUCAACGAACGUCAAAAGUCGUGGCUCGAUAUAGGUUUACUAUGUUUGCAAGCAAAUUAACUUUGUCGAUCUUACGAUCAGCUAAAUGUAAUUUGACAAGUAUUCGGCAAAUGAGUGCUGCAAUUAAUACCGACUGCGUAAAAUCUCUAUUGUACAAAGAAUACGGCGAACCUGUUGAAAUUCUUCAAGUAAUGACGCAAACGAUGGAACAACCAGCGGGCGAUCAAGUAUCUGUAAAAUGCAUGCCUUCCUACAAGCUGAUUUAUUUUCCCGUCACAGCAUUGGGCGAGCCAAUUCGAUUCCUAUUCAGUUAUGCUGGCAUCAAAUUUGUGGAUGAACGUUUCAAUGAGGAAGAUUGGCCAAAACUAAAACUCACUAUGCCAUUCGGCAAGGUGCCCGUGCUUGAAGUAGACGGAAAGAAGAUCGAUCAGUCCGUAGCUAUUUGCCGUUACUUAGCGAAGCAAUGUGGUCUUGCCGGAAAAAACAAUUGGGAGUCUCUAGAAAUCGAUGCGACCGUUGACACCAUACACGAUUUACGUGCCAAUAUCGCUGGUUUCCACUAUGAAAGUAACAAACAAGCUAAAGAAGAGAAACUUAAAGCUGCCAAAGAGACGGUGCCGUAUUAUUUGGAGCGUUUGGACGCUCAGGUGAAGAAGAAUGGCGGUUACUUUGUCGGCGGUACUCUGACGUGGGCCGAUCUCACUUUCGUCGGUCUUUUGGACUACUUGAACCACAUGAUGAAUGAGGAAAUCGUCGAGAAGUAUGAGAACCUGAAACAACUACAAAAGAAGGUUGAGGAAUUACCGACUAUCAAGAGCUGGAUCAAGAAACGUCCGUCGACUAUGUAUCAGAAUUAAUUUGGAUAGUUUCAUAAAGUAAUGAUUUAUUUUUCGACAAAAUUAUUAUUAUUAUUAUUUGUUGACGUUUGAUUUAAAUAAAGUAUUGAUAUUCUCUUUUCGGAAAAUCAAGUUUAUAUUCAUGUACGGCAAGCAUGUAUAAGAGAUUCAGGAAAUACGCAUUGGAGAUACAAGUGUAUAUUUUAUCAAUCGUUGAAGGCUUGUUGCAUGUAUCGUCACAUGAGAAAAAUUUUAUUAUGCUGUAUCUAAUUAAAGCUUGAACUAUUCUUUUUAUUGUGUAAUUUUGUACCUCAAUAAAUCGCUACUUUUAUAAUUA